GUGUUUGUGUGUGUGCGUGCGCAAGAGAGAGAGAGAGAGAGACUGCACCUGUGACAGAACACCUGAGUGUCAACAUAAGGAGGACUGAGAAACUGAGUGAAUGUGAAAAGAGAACAGGAAGAGAAAGAGAGAAUAAUAAAGUAUAAGAAAUUAAUGUGGAACCUCUAACUAGGAGAGCACUAAGAUAUGGUUGGACAUUUUCACAUCUGAAAUCCACUCCCUCUCCAGGACAGAGACCAAUUCUCCAUCAACAAGGUCAAUCCCCCGUCCAGUCUCUGUUUGUGCCAUGGCUGACCCUAGCUGGUGGAAGCUGACCUUCUCACCUACGAAGUCUGAGGCAAAGGUUCUGUACGAAAUCCCUCAAGAGUAUGGUAAUAAUAAUAAGGAACAUCACAACAGCCCUCAGCUCCCCACAGACCUAAUGGACAACCAAUUCAGUGCCAGACUGGAGAAGAUCGUGGAUAAGUCGGCCACUAAAGGUCGCCAUGUUAAGGUGUCCCACUCUGGUCGCUUCAAGGAGAAGAAGAAGAUCCGUGCCACACUGGCUGAGAACCCUAUGCUGUUCUCUGAACACAGUCUCAGGGAUGAGAACCACAGGGCAGAGAAAUAGCACAUAACCAGGUGCAUGCUUUUUAGGCUCUUUUUUUAGUCAUGCAUUACAGACAGCCACACCGUUCACGACACCAACACAUCCAUAAUCUUAUUGGUACAAAACAUAUAUACACCCCCAAGGUGGGCUCCACACCUAAGUACACAGAUAAUACUGUAACCAGCUGAAUAAUCAUGCACAUCCACAUAAACAACACUGUUCAAGGUUCAUUGAUGCAAACAUAUUAGAAUGGAUGGUAUUUUUCACCAGCUCAUUCCUGAGCUCACUGCACUUGGACAACACUGAAAAUGUCCAAGAAUAUGGCAAUAUGUUGCCUGUGUCUUUACAAGGACUCAUGACCAGUAACCUGGAGGGAACUUUUCACUGUAGUAUAAGAUAAAUAAAUUAUGGAAAAUGUUUAGCUGCAAAAAUUCAUCUGUUAUAAAUGUUAGUUCCUCAUAUUUUGUAUAUUUAAUGACCUGUAAUGAUAUGAAGAAGUCUAGUUUACGACAUGGUGAUGUAAGAAUGUGUAAACUGGGCCCUCCAUCAGGGAUUUAUCGUCCAGUUUGUCACUUCAUCGGACUCCAGUUGGUGGCGAGGCUUGGGCAAAUGGAGUCAGAAAGGAGAUGUGAGGGAUACAUGGUAUUGAAGUGAUCACAGAAAAGGGCAUGUCUAUCCAUAAGAACAAGUCAGAGUACAAUGUGAUCCAGUGAUUAUUUUAUUUAUAUACAGUUCUGUUUCAUCGAACACGCUAAAAAGAUCUGCAUGAAAUAAAGUUGAUUGAAAACAUCAAAAUGUCAGUCAAGGUGUAUGGCAACAUACUUAGUGGUAGGUAAAAAUUUAGCUUUUUGUUUUACCCCUUUUUCUCCCCAAUUUUGUGGUAUCCAAUUGUUUUUAGUAGCUACUAUCUUGUCUCGUCGCUACAACUCCCGUACGGGCUCGGGAGAGACGAAGGUUGAAAGUCAUGCGUCCUCCGAUACACAACCCAACCAAGCCGCACUGCUUCUUAACACAGCGCGCAUCCAACCCGGAAGCCAGCCGCACCAAUGUGUCAGAGGAAACACCGUACACCUGGCAACCUUGGUUAGCGUGCACUGCGCCCGGCCCGCCACAGGAGUUGCUGGUGCGCGAUGAGACAAGGAUAUCCCUACCGGCCAACCCCUCCCUAACCCGGGUGACGCUAGCCCAAUUGUGCGUCGCCCCACGGACCUCCCGGUCGCGGCCGGUUACGACAGAGCCUGGGCGCGAACCCAUAGUCUCUGAUGGCACAGCUGGCGCUGCAGUACAGCGCCCUUAACCACUAACACCGACAUCUUUUGGCCAGAAAAAGCACAGAGUACUCACUUGCAGAUUAAAACAUUUUCACAUCCAUUCAGUCGAUCACAAUUCGGAUGUGCCAUUUCAACUGUUGCGAACGCAGAGGUCUUCACACACCAAGAAAAUCAAGUGAACAACCAAGCUCAUUCUCAGACAUGACUGACUUUAUACACUGAAUUACCUUGGCACAACUGAACUCGCAACAACUCUUCUAAUCUUAAAUGUACCUAUAUUAAAAAAGGCAGUUUGAGUCACAGACAUGACAAUCAAUGCAUAACAAAUUCAACACAGGGACUACAGCCUAAUAAGCUAUCUGUAUUACAUGACAGAGAAACGGCUGUGGAUUUGGGCCUUCAGAAGACAUAUUAGCUGUUAGACAGAACAUGUCAUCCAAUACAGUGGAACUCAGGUACAAAUGUUAAAUAACAGAUUGACACUACUGGAGAUUGCACUUUUUACAAGUACAGAGUUUCCGGGGGUUGUGGAGGUCGAGGAAAUGCAUUUUCAUUGGAUAACUGGUUAACUGUCAAUAAUUAUCUAACAUUGACUACUGUA